CGCGCAGACUGUCUCCCGCCGCCGCCGCUGCCGGAUCCGCAGAGCCAGGGGAGGCAGGGCCGACGGCUGGCGGCCGAGCAGCGCACUCGGGGUCGCGGUGCGGAGGGCUUCCGCGGCCAGGACGCGUGUCGCGUCGGGGUACUUGGAGAGCGCCUAGCUGGCAGGCUGUCUGCGCCUGGACCCUAGCGCACCCCUGGACCCACCAUGACGGGGCUGCUGAAGAGGAAGUUCGACCAGCUGGAAGAGGAUGACUCCUCGCUCUGCUCAUCCUCUUCAUCUUGGUCCUCCUCGGGCCGCCACUCCGGCUCCUGCUCCCCAAGCUCCUCAGUCUCCCCAGCCUGGGAUUCGGAAGAGGAGGGCCCCUGGGGUCAGACACCCCUGCCCGACCAAAAUGCCGGUGGCCCCCGGAGUUUCACCCCCCCAUCCAUUCUGAAGCGGGCCCCCCGGAAGCGCCCAGGCCGAGUCGUCUUCGAUGGCAUCACCGUCUUCUACUUCCCUCGGUGCCAGGGCUUCACCAGCGUGCCCAGCCGUGGCGGCUGCACUCUGGGGAUGGCCCCUCGCCACAGCGCCUGCCACCGCUUCUCCUUGGCCGAGUUCACCAAGGAGCAGGCCCGGACACGGCAGGAGAAGCUCCGCCUGCGCUUGAAGGAGGAGAAGCUGGAGGUGCUUCGGAGCAAGCUCGCAGAUUCUGGGGUGCCCGAGACAGAGGCUGGCCUGCCACUGACAGUGGACGCCAUCGAUGACGCCUCUGUGGACGAGGAGCUGGCGGCGGCCGUGGCAGGUGGCCGGUUGGAGGAACUGACCUUCCUGCAGCCCUACCCGGCCCGGAAGCGGCGGGCCCUGCUGCGGGCUGCGGGCGUGCGGAAGAUCGAUCGAGAGGAGAAGCGGGAGCUUCAGGCUCUGCGCCAGUCCCGGGAGGAUUGUGGCUGCCGCUGCGACAGGGUCUGUGACCCCGAGACCUGCAGCUGCAGCCUGGCAGGCAUCAAGUGCCAGAUGGACCACACGUCGUUCCCCUGCGGCUGCUGCAAGGAGGGCUGUGAGAACCCCAAGGGCCGCGUGGAAUUUAACCAGGCGCGGGUUCAGACCCAUUUUAUCCACACGCUCACCCGCCUGCAGCUAGAGGAGGGGGCUGAGAGCCUUGGGGAGCUGGAGGCCCCUGCCCAGGGUGGCCCACCCAGCCCCAGUGGGCAGGCCCUGGCCCCCGCUUUCCCACUGGCCCAGCCCCCUGUGGGCAGCGAGCUAGGAGACCACAGCUGCAGCAGCGACAUGACCGAUUCCUCCGCAGCAUUGGGCGCUAACGAGCCUCCUGACGGCCCUGCCCAUCCGGCCCUGCCCAGCCCUGGCUUCCAGCCUGGUGUGGAUGAUGACAGCCUGGAGCGGAUCCUGAGUUUCAGUGACUCUGACCUGGGUGGGGAGGAGGAGGAGGAGGAGGAAGCGGGUGUGGGGAACCUCGACAACUUCAGCUGCUUCCACCUAGCCGAUAUCUUCGGUACCGGAGACCCUGGUGGCCUGGCCAGCUGGGCCCACAGCUCUAGCCUCACAUCAGGCAUCCUGGAUGAAAACGCCAACCUGGACGCCAGCUGUUUCCUCAACGGCAGCCUCGAAGGGUUGGGAGAAGGAAGCCUCAGCCUCCCUGGCAUCUCGGUGCCGCCCGGCACGGACGUCGGCCAGAGCCACUCCGUGGACCUCAGCUUGUCUUCCUGUGACUCCUUUGAGCUGCUCCAGGCCCUGCCUGACUACAGUCUGGGGCCUCACUACACCUCCCAGAAGGCGUCCGACCGUCUGGACAACCUGGAGGCACCCCACUUCCCCUUACCUGCCUUUUCCCCGCCCGCGGACACCAGCGUCUGCUUCUUGGAAUCCAUCCUGGGCUUGUCUGAGCCAGCUGCUGAGGGCCUGGGCCCCUUCAUGGACGGCCAGUUGUUCGAGGACACUGCCCCGGCGCCCCUGGUGGAGCCCGUGCCCGUGUGAGGACCAGGGUGCCUUUUCCCGGCCCCGAAGGCCCUGUUGCUGCUGUCGUACUGUCGGGGCUCUCCGAGGCCUGUGUGUGACUGUCUCCCAUUGGCUGGCUCGCCCAUGUGGGCACUCCUAAUUUUCAUGCAACACUCUGGAUGGAUUUAUUAUUUAUUUUUAUAACUUUCUGUGCUGAAGAGAAGGUGGGAGGGGGCUUCCCCCUUUAGCCGCCGCCGGGCCCCCCAGCGCCCACAGUCUCUUCCACCUCCAUGGCCCGUGCCAGGAAGAGGAGGGUGUGAUGUUUCUUAGCCCAAAGAUGGCGGGACAGGGCUGGAAACAUCCGCCUCUUCUGGCUUCUGCCACCCUGAGCCCUAGCCCCUCUGGGUGGCUGAAUCCUCUGGACUGUGAAGACUAUAAUUUAUUUCCAUAAUUUAUUUGGAGACUAGGUGGCUCAGGCUUCUCAGCCCUGGCUGGUGGGCAGUGCUGAGGUCCGGGCGGGGUACAGACCCCGAGAAUCCCUUUUGCCCUGCGGCCCUGCCCUGCUUGGUCUCACGUCCAGACCAGGUGUGGAUUCGAGCCCCGUGUCCACUGUGGCAGCUGCCUGGCUCUGGAUGGCUGAGCAGGGGCGGGACUGGCCUGACCAACCGUGACCAAAACCCUCUCCCGACCCACUCAGCCCCCUCCAUUUCCUGUCCUCUGCCCCGUCUCCCCUCCCGCAAGGGCCGCGGCCUCCGCUCCGGGCCCAUCCGUGUAGGGAGGGGAAGCGGGAGGGCCAGGGGUGCGCCUCAGGGCCGGCCCGCAGCACGCCCCUGCAGACACGGUCUGCGGGCUUUCUGGGCACGGCACUCCCGCCCGGCCCACCUGCCUGUGCCCUCCGGCCGGUUGGCCAGGGCCUGCGGUGGUGCCUUAUGGCUUUUAUGCCUGUUUGCUGAUGUUGCGAUUUGCAUCCUAAUUUCUAUAUUGUCUCUGAAUAUUCGAACUAUAAUUUAUUCAUUUUUCUCUGUGUCUGUGCCAAGAAGCCCGGGCUCUGGGCCUGCCCUCUUGCCCAGGAAGCCUUGCCAGCCCGUGUGCUUGUGGGAACACUUUGUACCUGAACAGAACAGGUACCAAUAAAGAGGCUCUAUUUUUAA